AUGCUCGAAGAGCGGGUGACCUGCGUCGGCGCUGCGUCGGCCAACCGGGCGCUGGUCGCGACAUGCGACCACUUCAACUACAGGUGGAUGUUCCAUACGUCGGAGGCCUCGAUGGCGCUGGUGGUCUCUCGAGGCGCACUGCUCCGAGGCUCCGAUACCGAGCCAACGACAGCCGAUUCGUUCGAGCCGCAUCAAAUCCUGCCGCUCCCAGCCGCGGCGCAGAGCAUUGCACUGCAUGCAAGCUCGCUUCGCGUAGCUGUGGCGUGCGUGGAUGGGCGAGCGAUGCUCUUCGGGAUCGCACACCGAUCGCCGCCGAUGAACGACGACGAUGCCCACUGGCAGUGCGAGGCAACGUGGCGGUGCGAGGCCGAUAUGCAAGCGCCUCUGCAGUGGUGCGAGACGACCGACGACCUCACGCUGGUCGCGGCAGGUACACGCAUGACAUCGUGGAAGGUGGUCCACGACGCCGUCACGGUCUACGCCCACCGAUCGUUUGACCUGUGCGUGGACGCUCCCGUGCACUUGCUUGCUGCUGCCUCGGACGGGCGCUACAUCGCGACGGGUGCCACGCCGCACUCUCGACUUCUUAAGGUCUGGUGCAUGGAACCCUGGCCGUCCGAGACCGCUGCGCCAUCGUGCGUCUUCUUGGGUCACGCCCGUGCGGUGUGUUCCAUGGAGUGGCUCGAUGCGAGGGCCCAAGGGGACAAUGCGUCGCUGCUCACGCUCGACAGGCGCGGCCAGCUGACGCUCUGGCGAGAAGACUUGAACGGAAGCCCGUUUGCGUUUCUCCAGACACUGGCCAUCGAUACAACAGCGAUCCUCUCGCAGUACUCGUCGGUGAACCUCGUCGCGUGCGGGCUCGUGGCGCGACCGAUGACUCGGCCGCUUGCACGGACGACCCUCAACGACGGUCUUUGCUUCUGGGAGCUCACGCCCAAGAGCGAGCCAGAGCAUCUGGUGUACGACGAUCACCGCGGCGUCGGCCAAGCGGCUGGCUUCUUCUUCCGAUCCGGUGCCACGGCCGACACGCACCAAGGCGAAAAGUUCAUUCCUGGCAACGUCGCACUGCAGACGCACGCUGCCUCGUACGUGGUCUACGGCGUCCUCGACAAUGGCGACGUGUGUUUUUGGCGUCUCGACUGCGUCUCGCUCCUGAAUGCAACGCCACGCAGCCAUUUGCUGGGCACGUUCUCGGGGCUUCGCCAGCUUUUUCGGUCCGCGACCCUCUUGCAUGUCUCGACGUCGCUCUCGGGCCAGCAUGAGGCUCCGGUUGUCGCGUUCCUCUUGCAGUCGAUGCCGGUGGGCGAGCUGCAGCGCGUGCAGCUACGCGUGAACGGCGCCGAGGUGGACCUCAUAUCAGCGGUGGAUGUCUACCCGCGCAUGGGCUCCCACGCUCCCAUUGCCGCGCUCGUGGCGUCGUCGACGUCGACGAUGGGGUUCAUGGACGCGAACGAGACGCUCUUUGUACUGAGCGACGGCGCGACCCUCCAGAAGCUCGCCCACCCGCACCUCGAGUUGACGCACACGCGGUUUCCGUCGACAACGUCGGUCGUCACCGCCGUCGUCGUCCUCGAUGCUGACCUUAUUCUGUGUGCGACGGCCGACAGGGAGAUCCUCGCGCUCUGCGGCUACGACAACCAUGCCAAGGCGAACGUCCUCACGCUUGCGACGACCGCCUCGGCCCUGCGGCGUCUUGUCGUGCUACCGACGACGCUUCUCGGGCUCGGCGACGAUGGCAGCGUGGUCGCAUGGACGUUUUCUCGAUCGCCGCUGUUGCUCACAAACGCUCAAGUGUGGGCGAUCGAGUGGUCCUCAGUGCUGUACAUGGAGCGGUAUGCCUUGGGCGACGGCGCCUUCCUCCUCGCAGCCUCGUCGCCGUGCUCGCUGAGUACGUGGUCGGUCGCCACUGGCGCGGUCUUGCACCGCUUUGACUUGCACCACUGCGUCUUCAAAGCCUCGCGCAGCGCCCGCACUAUAUGUGUGCACGCACCGUACGAUGCGGUCGCGACGGCGCAAUGGACCGUCGACGCGCGGACAAGCGCGAUCGUUUGGCUCCAGGACGCGUUCGUGCUCUGCCUCGCGCGCGGCGUCCAGCUGACGCUCUACAGCGGUCCGACCGUGCUAUGGACCAUGGACAUGGCUCUGCCGCAAGCGACGACCUUCCUCGUCCACGGCGGCACGCUGUACAUGAGCCGCGGCGCACUACUAACGAGCGCCGUUCUCUUGCCAAAGGAGCCUUCGUCGCCGAGCGUGUGGCCGCCGCUGCUGCUGUUUCAGCUGCUUCGACGCGGCGCCUUUAAGGCGCUCGGUCGCUUCUUGGACGCACUCAAGAGAUCGCUCGAGGCGUACGAAGAGACGUGCUACGUCAACAUGCACGCGACGCCAGUGUACGCUCCCCCGCGCCUCGCGUGGGCCAGCAUCAUGCUCGACCCUCUCUCGGGCAAGGAAGAUCUCUGGACGCCCAGUCGCGCUGCACCAAAGGACUGCGCCGCGCUCUUGUUCGCCCCGCGCGUGCCAAUGAAAACGAACGCCCAAGACACGGUCGACUACGAAGCGUUCUUUACCCCCGCGCGCAUUUCGCUGCUGGGCCUUUCCGAUUCCAAGCCGCUCACGUCGCUCGCGUCCAUGCUGCGGGUCGUCGACGACGUCGAGGAUGUGCCCGGUAUGAAGUUUGCUCUCGCCUUGCGCUGGCGCGAAGACGCGUACGUUGGCUUGAGCGCCGAGGCGCUGCUCUGGGCGCGGCUCUCGAAAAUGGAUUUCUUGAUGGCCUUGCCGUGGCUCUCGCAGACCAAGUGGACGUGGGACGACGUGCGCGAUCUCCGCUUACCCUUCUGGCUCGACGACACGGCCAAGCUGCGCGAGAAGACCGAGCAAGUCGCGCAGUCGGCGUAUGCAGCCUCCAAAGAUCCGUUUGACGUCGCGCUCUACUAUGACUCUUUCGACUGGCCAAGAAACAAAAUCGCCGACCUUCUCACCAACGACUUUGCCGACGACCGGUGGCGCACGGCGGCCAUCAAGAAUGCCUUCGUGCUCAAGUCCAAGGGCCGGUACAUGCUGGCAGCCACCUUUUUCCUGCUCGGCGGCAAGAUUUACGAAGCCGCCGCGAUGGCCGAAGCGGCCGACCAAACGCUCGUGCUCUCGCUCCUCAUUUGCAAGCUUGCCGAAGCCGAUGCCAAUGGCCCGGUCACGAAGCAAGUGCUUUGCAACAUGGUGCUGUCGCGCGCCAAAGCGUGUGGCGACGUGUACUUGGAAGCGCUGGCGCAGCUCCUCUUGACGGGCGAGUUUCCGUACAUGACGUUGCUGACGCCGCCGACCACCGACAUGCGCUGCGGCUUCAACACAACAUGCACCACGUACUGGCGCGACAUGAACCAGUCCUUGUACGCGGCCUGUGCCCUCGUGCGCUAUGACUUUACAAGGCGCGUCUACAGCGACGCCGACACGCAGCUCGUCGUCGCCCUUCACGUCAAGGCUGCCUCGCGCCUCUUGGCGCAAGGCCUCACGCGGUCUGCGUACCGCUGUUGCAGCGACCUCUUGGAGAGCUUUGGGGACCUUACGAUUCCAGAGAUGGCCAAUGUCAUGUUACAGCACACCAAGGUCGCCAACGUCUGCAGCCAGCUCGCCGCCGUCUCGGAGCGCCUCGUGCGCGCCACGACCGAGUCGUUCGAGACCAAGGACACGAGCGAACUCGGCCCGCUUCUCGCCAACCUGCAGGAGGAGCUGGACGCGUUUGCGAGUGUGCGCCUCGCCGACGUGGACGACCGCCUCCGGCAAGAUCUCCCGCUCGUUCACGUGCUGGCGACGCACGUAAGCGCGGCCCGCAGCGUGACGGCGCCGCUCCAUGUCUUUUUGAACACAAUCCUCGCGGGGGGCGCGCCGUGGGCGGCGCUCCGGGGCGCGGUGGUCUGGACGCAGUACCUGCACAUUGUGUUUGCGCGAUGCAUCGAGCCCGACUCGAGCACCAUCCGGCUCGCGUCGACGUGCAUUUACAGCGCACUCUGCCUCGCGCUGCCCGUGGCCACCAAGAGCCUCGACGCAUGCUGCGUGGCGCGGCUGGUCCACGUUCUCUUUCCUCAAAAGGAAUUGCACGAGAUGCCCAGCGACAAGUGCUACACGUGCCACGUGUGGCGACCGAAGAAGAAGGCGCCGGCGUCCUUGCGCCAGGACCUUCCGACGCUCCACCAAGUGCUGCAGCAGCUCGUGGGCUUGCAGCCAAAGUGGCCGCCGCACAAGGCCGCCAGCAGCACCGACGAAGCGUGUGCAUGCGUACGUCUCUUUCACGCGGCCGCGUACCACUGCAUGGCUGUACACGCAGCACGGAUCCUGGGCGACCCCGACGACGUCUUGAGUCGGCAAUGGACGCGCUGGGCCGCGAGCUCGCCCCGCGUGAUCGCUCCUUGCAGCAACGCAUGCUGCCCGUGGCGCCAUCUGACGCUGCAGCUCGCACCGUCCCUUGGCAACCACAACCAGGUCCACGACGCGACGAAUAAGGAGCAGCUGCCAUCGCCGAGCUCGAUCGAGGUCAUCUACAAGAGCCAAGUGCCCGGCGAGGCAGUCAAAAGCAUGUGCUUCAACCCUGAGCAGCGCAGCACGGUCGUGCAUUGCAACGGCCGAUUCAUUUACCGUUCGACGGCCAAGAAGCCGCGUCGCGAUGCGCCGCUGAGCGACCUCUCGAGCCUUUGCCAGCUACAAGUCAACACGCGCUUCUCGCCGCCGCCUGCGUUUGCCAACGAGAUGGAGGUGUCGCCCAAGAUGACGCCGGCCAACCCGCUGUCGCCGACGCCCGACAGCCGGUCGACGAGCUACCGCCCGAUCGCUCUCACGGCGCACCCGUCGCUCUCGGUGUUUUGCGCGGGCACGACCAAAGGCAACGUCGAUCUCUGGCGCUUUGAGAACCCGACGGCGCCGCUCGGCAGCUUCGAGCACCACGUCCCCACGUUGAAUCCGCUCACGCAACUGGCAGCGCCGCGCCGCGACGUCCAUCGCAUUCGGUUUGAAAACAGCGGUCACACGCUUGGCGCGUGUGACAACGUGGGGUUUGUGUACCUGUGGAACUUGGCGCGCCCGGGUGCUACGCCCACCUCCAGGACGCGCGACUUUACCUUUCUCAACGCGUCGAGCUGCCUCGCGUCCGUGGGGGCGUCGACCAAGAAGAAGAGUCUCUGCUUGUGGGACACGCUGCUGCCGCCGCAAAAAGCGCUCAUCUCGGCGCCCGUGUGCCACCCGCUGGGCGCAACCGCUGUCGUCUUUUCGUCGCGGCACCAGCUUCUCAUCUCGGGCGGCGAGAGCGGUGGCCUCAGCGUCUUUGACGUGCGUCGACAGCGCAUGCUGCAUACCGUCUCGGGCGCCCACGACAGCGCGAUUACAACACUUGUCUUGCACCCGCGCGGCCACUCGGUGCUCUCUGGCUCGGCCACCGGCGACAUCAAGAUUUGGGCGCUGCCGCUCUUCCGGGAACUCGCGUCGUGGCUCACGGGCAAGGCCAAGCCGGUGGUCGCAACGUUCUUGGGCGACACGACGUCGGCCUUCGUCGCGCCGACCAUCACUGGCGUCACGGACGCCUUUGCGACCGACGACUUUUUCUACACGAGCCACUCGGACGGCUCGAUCCAGCGCUGCCAAGUCCCGACGUUGCUCGACUAG